CCGUGCAGCCUCCACUGUCAGUCCACUCCAAGCCCUUCACCGACUGCGGCCCCAGUCUACCGACCCGUGGUCAACACAGACUGCAGCUUUAGCCGGGAAGAAAACGGACUAGCAAAGUAACGACUCGCGGACUGUCGCCUCUUCGCUAGUGGCAACUACAACGACUCUUUUCUUGUCCGGCGUUUUCCCAUCAGUGUCACAGCGGCUGUACUAGAAGAUCAAGGUGAUCAAAGCUCAACCAGACAGUGCAGACAACUCUUUCGGCAGCAGCAAGCAUGGUUUUGCCAGUGGCAUUUGUGGCCCUGUCGCUACUCCUUCGCCUUGGCGUUGGGCAUGCUAAGACGGAGUGCCUACUGACUCCGAACGUAGGCGGUCGGCAGCCAGCGGAGGCAUCAAAGUCGGACCCACUGCUGCGCUUCGACGCAAAUAAAGUGCCAGUUCUCUGCGGUUCGACAGACGAUGGACAAUCGCAUCGCGAACUGGAAGUGACAGUCACCGUCCUGGACGAGAACUGCUAUUUCUUCUACGAUGCCGACAUCAUUGUCGUCCAGGCAAACACCGCCGGACACGAGAGCCGGAACUGCUCCGCCGUCAUGCUGACCGACAAUCACAACGGCGACGACGGAACAUUCACAUUCAGGACGGUUGUGCCUGGCGAAUACUUGGACGAACGGUUCCCUCACGAGCCCCGUCCCAGCGUCAUCCAGUUCAGCGUUCUGAAGCAAGACACGUGCCAUUGCUUUCAGGGCAUCACCACCCAGUUCUAUUUCAAGGAUGAUCCAUACCGUGGGAAGGAUCCGUGUAAGGACUGCGGUUCCAGCAGCGACACACAGAUGUUUGACUGCACACCGUUCUCUAGCCCAUCGGCACCCGGCGGUUCACCCAUCAAGUGCAGUGCCAAUCUGACAGUCGUGCGCAAUGCAUCGUGCGACUCUGAUGCACCGCCUCAGCCGCAAAUCCGCUGCAGACCAGACUGCAUGAAUGGAGGGACCUGUGUCAAGUCAGGCCAGUGUGUAUGUGCCCCUGGCUGGGUCGGUGCCUUGUGCGAGAAGAGACUCGAUCCUGAACCAGUGAAGUGCGACAAACCUGAGCCGACGCCGUGUGCGGAGAUGGGUCCAUUCUACCGGCCGGCACAGCCCAAGCGCUCGCCAAUGUGCGCGUCGGAUCCUAACUUCAACACCAGCACCGUGAUGAAGAUGAAGUUCACCCUGCGUGUGCAAGAUGACACUGACUGUACUCCCCUGGCCAACAUGCCAGUGGAUCUCUGGCACGCCAACUCCCUGGGGAAAUACAUGGACAAUGACUGCCGCUCGGCUGAAGUCACUGAUGAAAAUGGCAUGCUGACUGUGGAGACGGUGUACCCGAUGAACUACACCGGCAGACCGCACCACAUCCACAUCUUUGUGCACAACACGUCACAGUGCCACGACCGACUUGUCAUCCAGGGCUAUUUCCUCGGUGAUCCGCUGCGCAGCCCGCGCAAGGAGGCAUGCCGGGCGUGUCACUCGGACGACCCGCGCCUCUCCAUGGAGUGCACAACGUCGGGCCAGCUGAUGGAAUGCUCCUACACGGCGACUCUGCAGCGGUACCGCGAAAGACCGGGCUGUGCUGCCAGGCCACACACACACAUGGGUAGGAAACGUCAUCGCAUCCCGACAGUCGUUCAUUGAUCGAGGAAGAGGUUGUUCACAGGUUUCCACGCAGUUGCUCAGAAAGCCUCACAACGUGCACAUGUCAACGGCAAUCUUCAUCAUCUCUGCGGCUGUUUCGUGUAUGAUUAUACUAUUCAAUAUUCUGCCGUGGAGCCUUUCCCAGUACAGAAUGAUAAAUAAAAUGUAGGAUUUAAUACAGUCGCGUGCCAGUUUCCCGGCACCCUCGGGACGGAACGGUGUUGGAUAAAUGAAUGUCCUCGGAUAACUGAAGCUGCAUCUUCUGUUUAAAUCACACAUCAACAGGACUGAAGAGCUUGAUUUCACCUUUACUCUCAAAUCUCAAAUUCUCUAUUGCAUUUACUGUAGUACCAUCAAUAGACCAUCACAGUCGCCAUGCUUGUUUACUACCUACUUGAAGUAGUAUAAUUAUAGACUGACUUGUAUGCAACAUUCAUGAUCAAUGCUCACUGUCCACAUUUACUUGAAGCAGGACUGUAAGAGUAUACUGUAUAA